GCGUGCCCGUGGCAGGGGGCUAUUGCUCUCUGCCGAACCUUUAUGUUUCUCUUUACAGCAUCUCAAGCCCACCUGUAACAACUUAAAAAAAGUGAUUGGAGACAUUGUUUGUAAUGUUACCGGGCUGAGCGCAUUUUUUUCUGAGACGUUUGGUACAUUUUUUAACUAGAGGGAUUGUCAGAGAAAAGCUCUUGCCAUGUCUCUACUUUGUGUAAGAGUAAAGAAAGCCAAGCUACAUGGAUCACGGGACAAGUUCAAUUCAUAUGUGACUCUGAAGGUACAGAAUGUCAAGAGCACCACCAUCACCGUGCGAGGGGACCAGCCAUGCUGGGAGCAGGACUUCAUGUUUGAGAUCAACCGUCUGGACCUGGGGCUCAUUGUGGAGGUGUGGAACAAAGGCCUUAUCUGGGACACCAUGCUGGGGACUGCCUGGAUCCCCCUCAAGAGCAUCCGCCAGUCAGAGGAGGAGGGCUCAGGGGAGUGGACCUUCCUGGACGCUGAGGUUCUGAUGAAGGCUGAUGAGAUUUACGGCACCAAGAACCCAACUCCCCACCGGGUUCUGUUAGAUACGCGCUUUGAGCUGCCUUUCGACAUCCCAGACGAUGAGGCACAGUACUGGACCGGCAAGCUGGAUCGCAUCAACACUAUGAGGAUCCAUGAUGAGUACCCUCUGCAGGAUGAGGUCCAAAGACCCCCCAUGCCGCUUGCUGCCUCCCAAUGUUGCAACUAUUUCGGAUGGGCUGAUGCACUGACCCUGGAUGACCAUGACAGCGCGGUGGACGACCGGGACAGUGACUACCGUAGUGAGACCAGCAACAGCUUGCCCCCGCGCUACCACACCACGACCCAGCCCAACUCCUCCAUGCACCAGUACCCCAUGGGCCCCCGGCUCCAGAACCACCUGGACUCCUGCACCGACUCCAUCCACAGCUUUGACAUGGACUACAGAGACCACCGUGGGAGCAGAGCAAUAAACCAGAAAGGGAGGGUCAGAAUCAUCCCUGUAGAUUCUGGCAUGGGUGUGGAGGAUUGGGAAAGCAAAUACAAAGUGCAGGGGAGAAAUCACCUGAGUGAGUUCCUGGACAAGGAAGAGAAUCGUUGGGUUGAGGACGAUGUUAUUCUCCGAAUGGGGAGAGCUCUCACUGAGCCCUCAGGCAGCUCGCUCUGCCAAAGCACACAACACAGUGGCAUCCUACCUGCCACCUACCCAGUGGGCUAUGACACUAUCGAUCGGCGGCGGAGAAAAAAGAUCCGGGAUCCAGGAGGGCUGUCCUUCUCCGAGGCGGAGAAACUCACAGAUGAGCCUUUUCCCCCUGACCUUGCACUCCUCCGCCAGAAGAGAGGGGAGCUCGUGCUGCGGCAGGUGGCAGAGAUCGAGGAAGAGGAGGAGCAGAUGACGCCAUGCCUCAAGCCAUACAAGAAUGGACUUCUUUACAAGACUAGGAUGUGGGCCAAAAACAAGCUGGGGGACACCUUGGAGAACUAUGUGGUGUAUCAGGAGGAGGAAGCUGCCAGAAUGAGAACAGGUUUGGCGUACGAUUCAGAGGAGGAGCUGCCGUACUCCAUGGGAUCAGUGGAGGAGCUAGAGGAAAUUGCCUCCUUAGCGGAGGCAAUUCACUCUGAGAAUGGGAGAGGCCAAGGCAGGUAUGCUUCAUCCCAUGGAGGUCACAUAGACAAGUAUCAGAGUUAUCUGGUUAAGAAGAAUGGAAAGGGGAGAAUGGGAGGAUGGGCUCCUGAAGCAAUGCUGUCUCCAGUGGAGGAACCAAGCGACGAGUAUGUUGAUCCCAUGGAUGAGCUCCAGUGCCUAGUUGAAACAGUUUCAGAGUACCUGGCUGAAAAAGAGGAGGAAAUAAGCAGGUAUGGGUCUCUUCCCAAGUCAUCCAAGUCAAGGUUAUCUUCCCAGGGCAGCAUAAGAACAGAAUCUACUGGAGAGGACCCAAGGACCCCUAUUGAUGUCAAGGAAGAGACCCAGACAGAGGCUCCACCUGAACCAGGAAUAUCUGGAGUGAAACAUGCUAUGAGUUCAUUAUUCAGUUCCUUCACAGACAAGGUUAGUUCAGCCCCCAAGCAGCCAUACUCUGGUUCUGCAGAAGCAAAAGAAGUACCACCUGCACCAUCUUCUCAAUCAGGUAUAUCUAAGCUAUUUUCAUUCAUUCCAAAAUCCACCAGCCCUGCUCCUGCUCGUGUUGCUCUUGUAUCUCCUACAGCUCACCCCAACGGGACAUUUUCCUUCAAUUUGCCUUCCCAGUCUGAUGCCAAGACACAAAUCCAGAAUCAAGAAAUGCCAGCCAUGAGAACAGAGAUGUAUAUUACAAGCAAUGAAGUUCAGGACUCUGCAACAAAGCCACAAACACCAGCAGUCACUUCAAUUGUUGAGAAAAUGAGUUUUGCUAUAAAAAAAUCUGGUGAAGAGGUAGUGAACACCACCGAUGGAAAACAAUCCCCAGGGAGAAGUGGCUCAAGAGAGGGCUUUCAAAAUCUUGCAAACUGGGAUGAGAAACAUAUCCACCAAGUUGAACAGUCAAUGGCUGUGGGAGGAGGCAGAAGACUUGAUAAUUCAAGAAAUGUACCCCAAAAUAAACCAUUUGUUAAUACACAAGGGAAAGUUGUGCAUGUGAAACCUGACUCUAUGAUUGCCUCUCAGCAAAGUGUGCCUACUUCAGUGGAUGGGAAGUCCAUCAACCAACCAGAACCAGCAAAUUCAGGGUUCUUUAGCCCUUUCAAGAAAUCGUUCAGCUCAUUGAUUGCACCAGUUAACCCUGUUCCCCCACAGGGCCCUCCACCUGUUGCAGUAUAUCCUGUAUUUGGGUCGGCACCAGAUAUUACAUCAGAUAAACCUGUGGAGGAGCCAUCUUUAGGCAGUAAGCUAAAACUUCAAUUUCCCUCCUCUGACAAUGUCUCUUCCCAACAGCCUCCAAAAGCAGCAGGAGGAGGAAUGUUCUCUGGGUUCAUGAAAUUUGCUUCUGGUGAGGAUGACAGUGCUUACAAACCCCCAGAAAUUCCCAAUCAAGAACAGGCCCAGCAUCGCCAAUUGCCCCCAGUUCCACAUCAGCAGCAUAUGCAGCAACAUCUAAGGCCACCACCAAUGUCUCUUGGGAUGCAGCAAGCACCUCCUGAACCUCAAGGUUUUUUGACAGGUCUUUUUAAAGGGGCCGCCACUGACGAUACAUUUAAGGUUGGCUCCAAUCAGCCCCAGCAAGGAGGGUUGUUGUCAGGAAUUCUUAGAUUUGGCUCUGGAAGUGACUUAUCUGGGAACCUACCACCACAGCAAGUUCACCCAAACAGUCAACCUCCUAGUGCCAGUAAUAGUCAACAAUUCCCUCCUCAACCUCCCUCACAACAAAUUGCACCUCCUCCUCAGCCUGGGGGUAUUCUCUCAGGGUUACUGAGGUUUUCCUCUGCAGAAAACCUUUCACCUAAUGUACCACCUCCCCAGGGCCAACAGCAAGGGGUGUUCCCUAGCAAUCACCCCAGUCAGAAACAAGCACCAAGCCCAUCCCAACAACCACCCUCUCAACAAGCACCUCCUCACCAAGGAGGACUUUUCUCUGGCUUGUUUAAAUUGGGUUCUUCUGAUAAUGUUUUGAGCACCCAAACAACUCCACUUCAGCAACAACUUCCGCCAUCUGCUGGUCCUCGUAAUCAGCAAAACCUCAACCAACAGAAUAUGCAAGGGCCAAACCGCGAUCCACUGAGGGACCAGGCUUUUCUAGACAACAAACCAGACUUCUCUAGACAACAUACAUUUCCAAAACCUGCUCAACAAGGUGGUCUCCUUUCUGGACUUUUUAAGUUUGCUUCUGCAGACAAUGUAUCUACCAAUCAGUCCCCAAUACCUCAGACACAUUCUGCACCUCCUCUCAAUCAGCCUAGCCAGCAGUACCCAAACAGGCAGAAUGUGUCACUGCAAAAUCAACUAACUCAACAGCCUAGUCAACAAGUACAAGACCAAAAUCAACCAACACAGCAGCCUAGUCAACAGGUACAAAGCCAAAAUCAACCACCUCAACAGCCUAGUCUGCCGUCUGGGCUAUUCAACAAAUCUUCCACAGAAAAUGUGCCUCAGCAGUCGCUACCAAUCAGCCAAGAAAGACUGCAACAUGUAAUUUCGCCACCAAAUGUAAUCUCGCCAAAUGCCAGGCAAAAUCUAACUCCUUCACGGCAAGAUACUUCAAGCCAGCCUGGAGUUCUCUCUGGAUUGUUUAACAAGUUAACAAAAUCCUCUGGAAAUGUUGAGGCCUGCAAUCCGUCACCACCCAUGCAAAUACAACAUCAUACAAUCACUCCAGCUGGACAGCCUACACAGCAAACACCUCCAUCUACACAUAUACCACAUCAGGUCCCACAUGAACCCAAUGAGGAGGCUGACAAAAAGCCAGGCUUUCUAUCAGGACUAUUCAAUAGGAAUCCAACAGAUAAAGUCUCCACUCAUAAAUCAGCAGAAAUGCUCAAGCACAAUUCAGAGCCAAAGACACUAACUGCAAGCUCCCCAGGUUUGCUCUCAAGCAUGUUCAAGACUGGGCCAAGCAACACUGUAGCGAACAAUACUUCUGAGUCUGAAAUGGAGAGGAGAGAAAGUGGUCUCCUUGGUCACUCCAUUCCAAGACAAAACAGAAAUGUUGCAGAAAUUGCACCUGGCUCAUGGGAAGCUGAGACUUUAGAUUUAAGGACGUCAGCUACUUAUGCAAGGUCUUUUCAGAGCCGACCAUCCUACACAUCAUGCAGCACUGGCCAUUUACCUCAGUUAAUGCACUACCAUGGUUCUCUUCAGUCUAACCACCCAUUAGCCACCUCUUACAGUGCAGAAAACAUGUUAUCCCUUUUACAAGGGCAUCCAAAUACUGCAAUGAUGUCAUCCCAACAAUAUCUUAAUCAAAGUAACCAUUCCAUAUAUUCUGUAACCGGACAGGAUGGCUACCAAGAUCUGUUGGCAUCAUAUAGAGUCAAUUCUAGUUAUGGUGAAAACCAAUGGAUCCAAGAAUCAAUUCUGUGGCAGCAGCUUCAAAAUCAAUCACAGACAUAUCACACAAGUGAUGUGAGUUAUGUACAGCCUCCAGAAGGAGCAGUGUUCCAAGACUCCACUCUCUACUGUAGCUCCACAAAUAUAGAUAAUCAAUAUAGUUCCCCUCAACCAUGGCAUGAAAUUGACUAUAACCAAGAACCGAUUAAGCACCACCAACAAGAGGUGCCCAGAAAUGUUGAAAGCAAUCCAUAUACCAAUAAAAAAUUAAUGAACAGCUAUGAUGACUUGGGAAAUCUGCAUACUAAUCAAAUGAUGGAACAGAAGGAGUACUGGACUGAAGAAGAGGGUGCAUUGAACUUGAGCACCAAAAUGAGUAAUGCCAAGUUUGGUAAAUGGAACUCCUUUGAUAAUGGUAGCUGUUAUAGUCUGAAUGGCAUUUCAUAUCAUGAGGGCUAUUAUGAGGAACAUCCACCUAAUCUAUCUUAUUCAGCUAAUUGGCAAUAUAGUGACCAAGGCAUGGUUAAUCAAAGUCAAUUGAGUUUGACUAGGUCAUUUGAUCGCAGUUACCCUAAACCUCACAAUGGAGAGAUGGAAGAGUGUUUGUACUUGGAAGAGACAGAAUGGUACCAUCAAUGGCUUGUACUUUUGGAGCAAGGUAUGUGGUGGCCAGCUGAUGAUGGGGAUUGUGGGUACUUUGUUUACACUGAUCAUGAAUACAUAUAUGCCCUGCUAACAGAUGCAGGAGGUACGAUGGUCUAUGCUUGUGCACCUGAAGUAGAGUCCUUGGGAACUGGGCCUGAUAACUUCCCAAGUGCUUGGCUACAUAAUGAAAUGGUCACAGUAUGUGGAUUUAAAGUCCCUCUCUAUAAUGAGGAUGAGCUCCUCUGGCUCCCUGGACAAGAUCAGGGUGAUCCCAAACUCCUCAAUGCCCCCCUGGACCUAUCUGCUGCCUAUAGAAAAGGAAAUCAGAUGAUGAAUUUGAACCUGGAGCGGUUCUCUCAGAUGUUUGAGAGCUCCUUCCUUGCACAAAAAGAACAGGCUGUAGAUUUCUCACUAUAUAGACUGAACAAAGUCAGAAUGGAUCCAAGACAACCCAAUCAUGCCUAUCAGAAUACAUAUAUGGAGGUCAUAGACCUUUCAUGUUCUAACAGGGAUCAGAAAGGCCCUUAUUGGAACAAUCAGCAAAUGAAGGAACUUCUCUCUCAAAAGGUUGCUGUCUCGCACAAUGCUACGCCCACCACAGAUUCCUCUCAGCAACGCUUGAACAACUGUUACCAGCCUCGUCAAAGAAGGCAUUCAUCUUUUGGGGUCAGAGUCAGGCAUGUAGAUGACACACCAGAGGAGGAAUGGAGACAGAGAGUGACUCCAGGAGAGGAAAUACCUAAUCGGCAUGUCAAGAAGUUCUCUUCAUUCAUUUCCUCAAUCGUUGGCAAAACCGCUGAGUCAGAUUUGAACAAAGGAAGAGCUGGCUUAGCCUCUUGUGUUAAUGGAGAACAAUAUAAACCACCUGGGACUGAGGCUACCCCUGUGGACCAACAGGCCAAGAGCAUACUUUCAUCAGGUUUCCAGAGUCUCAAAUCAAAGAUUAUCAAAGAAGAUCCUACUGCUACAACAACUCCGGCUCAGAGUGCAGUUCAACAGACAGAGAGACCAGCCGCAUCCACCUCUUCUAGAAUUCUGCCCACACCUCCCGCAUCUGGACAAUAUGGGCAACCUCCAGCACAACAACCAACUGUUACUCAGAAACCCAGACUUGCACGACAAGCCACCAUGUCUCAGCAAGCUGCUCCACCAACACAGCCCACAGUGCCAACCAGUUCCUUGGACCCACUCAAUAAAUCUGUCUCUCCACUACAACCACAAUCGCAGUACACCACAGAUAGAUCAUCUGUAAAACCAGUGGAAAAAUCAGCUGAACAACCACAGGGAGGAUUUAUGAGCUUUUUCAAGUCUGCCCUACUGAUCGAGGAGCCAACGCCAGAGCCCCCUAAACCCCCACAACCAUUGUCAAAACCACAAGAUAGAAAUGGUUCUACUGCUAGCUUACCUGGCAGCACAUCCCCAAAUAAACAGGAGGACACAGGAGCCUCUAAUCUUUUUGGGUCAAUAGGCAGCUUCUUUAGUGCAGAGUCUCCUCCAUCACAGCAACCAAAACCUGUUGUUAAAAAUGAGCCAAACAGAGUUGUUACACAAGGUUCUCCAUCAAGACCAUCUCUACAGAAACAACAAACAAUGGAUGGAGUGCAACGUGGGGUACCACAUCCAGCUCCUGGUCAGCCACCAGGUAAAAGCAUGUCACAAGUAUUUCCUCCCAAUACAAGCACUGGCCCCACCCCAGGCCGAUCACAGACUAUGACACCAACCGGACAAACCAAACAGGAGCCACCCCCCAAACCAUCAGUUGGACUGUUCGGCUUUAUGGGAGAAAUUGGAGACAUGAUCUCUGGAACACCACCAACAACUACUACAACUACUACCAAAGAGGAAUCUCCUGGUAUGGGGUUAUUGUCCAUGUUUGGGGUGGCUAGUCCUCAGCAGGCACCAACCCAAACUGAGUCAUCUCAAGCACCUCCUCCAGAACCACAUGUUAAAAGUUUAUUCUCUAUGUUCGGGGGACCAUCGCAGGCGGCAACAUCACAGGCACCUCAAUCUGGGCCCAGUCCACCACAAGUUCAACCUCAACCAGAGACUAGCUCUAUUCUUGGGGGGCUCUUUUCUGGUUCAUCUGCCAGUGAAAGCCCACCAAAAGGAUUAUUUUCUAUGUUUAGUGGCCCCAGUGCCCCACAACCUCCAGGACAAGCUGGGUCAGCUCCAGACUCCUCUGUCCCAGAAUCUACAGUGCCUAAAGAACCACCUACUAAAAAUGUGUUUUCCAUGUUCAGUGGCCCUCUGUCACCCCCACAAGCAAGCUCUGUUGACUCGGUAGCCACAGUACCUACUCCUGAGUGUGCCAAUGCCCAGAAGGAAUCCAUCUCAGGUAUUCCACCUCAGGAAGCUGCCCCACCUAAAGAGCCACCAGCUACAGCUGCCCCUCAAACUGCGGGUUCUGUGUUGGGAGGGUUGUUUGGAGGAUCUAGUCCGCAGCCAGCCACAACUGCCCCUCAAACUGCGGGUUCUAUGUUGGGAGGGUUGUUUGGGGGAUCUAGUCCGCAGCCAGCCACAACUGCCCCUCAAACUGCGGGUUCUAUGUUGGGAGGGUUGUUUGGAGGAUCUAGUCCGCAGCCAGCCACAACUGCCCCUCAAACUGCGGGUGCUAUGUUGGGAGGGUUGUUUGGAGGAUCUAGUCCGCAGCCAGCCACAACUGCCCCUCAAACUGCGGGUGCUAUGUUGGGAGGGUUGUUUGGAGGAUCUAGUCCGCAGCCAGCCACAACUGCCCCUCAAACUGCGGGUUCUAUGUUGGGAGGGUUGUUUGGAGGAUCUAGUCCGCAGCCAGCUACAACUGCCCCUCAAACUGCGAGUUCUAUGUUGGGAGGGUUGUUUGGAGGAUCUAGGCCCCAGCCAGCUACAACUGCCCCUCAAACUUCGGGUUCUGUGUUUGGGGGAUUGUUUGGAGGACCCAGUCCACCCCCAGCACCUAUUCAAACAGCAAAACCCCCUGAGAACAAAAUAUCAACAGCUGCACCUCGCAAAACUCAAGCAGAUAGCACUAUAAAAAUAAAAGAGCAGGGAAAUGCACCUAAAGAUGGUACUGCAGUUGAGGCUGUUGAUUCUGCAAGCACAUUACCUACCCCUGAGUGUGCAGGUGCCCAAAAAGAAUCCAUCCCAGAUGGUGCACUUCAGGAAUCUGCUCCACCUAAAGAGCCAGAAACCCCUAAAGAGCCACCAGUUAUAGACACUCCUCAAACAGUAGGUUCAAUGUUUGGGGGAUCUAGUCCGCAGCCAGCUACAGCUGCCCCGCAAACUGUAAGCUCUAUGUUGGGAGGGUUGUUUGGAGGGUCUAGUCCCCAGCCAGCUACAACUGCCCCGCAAACUGCAGGUUCUAUGUUGGGAGGGUUGUUUGGAGGAUCUAAUCCCCAGCCAGCUACGGAUACUCCUCAAACAGAACCAACAAAAACCCCAGAGAACAAAAUAUCAACAGCUGUGUCUGAUACCACUCCCGAUACCAUUGCCAAAAUUAAAGAGCCGGGAGACACCCCUAAAGAUGGUACUGCAGUUGAGGCUGAAACCACAGCGCUUACCCCAGAGUGUGCCACUGCCCAAGAGGAAUCCAUCCCAAAGGGUGCACCUCAGGAACCUGCCCCACCUAAAGAGCCAGGAACCCCUAAAGAGCCAUCAGCUACAGGAUUUCUCUCCCUGUUUGGAGGGUCUAGUCCCCAGCCUGGCACAGCUACUCCUCAAACUGCUGGUUCUAUGUUGGGAGGGUUGUUUGGAGGGUCUAGUCCCCAGCCUGCUACAGCUGCCCCUCAAACUGCAAGUUCUAUGUUGGGAGGUCUGUUUGGAGGGUCCAGUCCCCAGCCAGCUACAGCUGCCCAUCAAACUGCGGGUUCUAUGUUGGGAGGUCUGUUUGGAGGGUCUAGUCCCCAACCAGCUACAGCUUCCCCGCAAACUGCAGGUUCUAUGUUCAGCGGUAUGUUAGGAGGGUUAAGUCCCCAGCCCGCAUCUACUUCUCAAACUGCAGCUUCUAUGUUUGGGGGGUUGUUUGGAGGGUCCACUCCCCAGCCAGCUAAAACUACUUCUCAAACAGCACCAGCAAGUCCCCCUGAGAAUAAAAUCUCAACAGCUGCCCCUGACACCACCACAGCAGAUAGCACUGACAAAAUGAAAGAGCCAGGAGACACUGGCACAGUUACUUUGCAUGAACACUCACAAUUAUCUGAGGCACCAAAACAACCUGACACCAAAACUCAGCCUCGGGAGUUGGUUGGCUUCAAACCUGAUGGUAAUGCUGUUGAAGUAGCCCAGGGUCAAGGGUUUGAGAAACUUCCUGCUCCAGCUGUGGGCUGUCAAUCAAAAGAAGCUGAAAUCCCUGCAUCAUCAGGGCAACCUGAUAAAACGGAACAGCCCUUAAAAUCAGAACAACCUCCAACGAAUGAUCAGUCCAGUUCUGGAAAAGAAAAGGCUGCAUUUGUGGAAGGCGAAGUAAUAGAUGAUAAGCCUAUUGUAAUUGUGGGAGAGCCUGAGAAUAAGGGAAUGGACAAAUCAGGCCCACCAGUGGAAAGUCCCCAGAAGAUUCCCCAAGCUGACCAGUUGACUAAGACUGAAGAGUCAGCCCCCAAAUCCCUGUUUGGGGGUUUUAUGACAGGAACCAGUGAUGCUGGAAAGUCUUUUGGAUCCAUGUUUUCAUCUCCCCCCACAAUUCCCAAAGCCCUUCCCACAAUGCCUCAAGCAGAAGCAGGUGGUGGUCUGUUCUCAGGAUUCAAAACUAUGUCUGCAGGCCUGUUUCAGGAGGAGAAGCCAGGCGCAGCAAAGCAAGAACCAUCCACAGCCUCUCUAUUUGGGACAAAAUUAGGUUUCUGGGGGGCCGCUGCCGAACCUCCCAAGCCACAAGCUCCUCCGGUUAUUACCACUCAGCCCAAAGCUAAUGAUAAGCCAACCAAGGAGACAAGUGAUCAAAGUUCGUCCGGUGGAAAGUAGUCGCUUUGGGUCCUCUGGAAACCUGAGCCAGACCAGCUCCCAGCUUAGUGAGACAGGCCAGGAGAGUGCUCCAGGCUCAGGGCUGGAAGAGUCCUUCCACUCUUACCACAGUACCACCUUCUGCCCCUCUACCGCUG